AUGGCGGGGAAGAAAAAAAACCGCAAAGUCUCACAAUCAUCUGUGCCAGCUGAUCCAGAGCCCGAGCCAGAGUCCUCCAGCUGGCCAGAUGGGAAGGCACAAGAACAUCUUCUGAAUCUUAUUGCUGGCCUUCAUCUCAACUCAGAAUACAGCGAUUUGGAAAUUAUCUGCAAGGGUAGAACCUUCCCAGCUCAUAAGCUUGUGGUUUGCUCUAGGUCGGAGUAUUUCAAAAGAGCUUGUUUUGGAGAAUUCAAGGAGACCCGAGAGCCUAUCUGUCUUGACAAUACAGACCCAGUCCUUCUUGAGAAGGUGCUCGAAUUUCUAUAUACGGGAAAUUAUACUGUCGGACGCCUUAUCCCUGAAGCUCAAGAUCCACAGCUCGAUUGCGAUACGGAGUGUCCGAAAGUACAUGCUCCAAAUCAGCUUGCGUCAAAAGUAGAAGAGGCCACCGAUGAGAUUACCAUACACAGUUCAGAAAAUAUCGCGCAAGACCCCAUGGGUGGAAGCGACCAAAGCGACCAGGAGGAUGCCGUGGAGCCCGUCAUUGAUCCGUCGGCAAAAUUCCACCCAUGCUACUUCCACAUGCGCGUCUUUGGUGAAGCAGACUAUUUUAUGAUCAGCUCUUUGAAAGACAAAGCAAGGGAGCAAUUUCGUACAUCUUUUACGAAUUGCUCAGAGAGAGAUUUGUUUGCCGAGGUAAUCAAGGAGCUCUACUCGGAAAGGGCCAACUACCAGGAACUCAAAACACUGGCAAUAGAUGUGGUGGUCAACAAUCUGCCUAGUCUUCGAAAAGGUUUUAGCACGGCAAUUGAUUCCGAGCUUCUAGAGGCAGUCCCUAACUUUGCCGUCGAUCUUUGUCUUGCAACAAUGGAUAAGUAUGUGAGCGAGCCACCUAACAUGAAACCAUAUCCGUUCGCCACGGGCUUUGAAUAUAAGGGAGUUGACUACGAAUCUCUAUCAUGGGGUUUUGGAAACAAUUGA